GUUAUAUUUUCAAAGAAAUCACACACUUACUGUUUGAUAAUCAGGCCAUAUGUGUCUGUCAGACUCCAACAAUUAGCUGGGCAGUUUUUAGAUUUCCAUCUGAAACAUAAAAUAGGCUAACAGCGAAAAUGCGGAGGAAAGACACCGUCAAAACAGCCUCACCCAAGGGCGCCACCGAAAAUGCUAAUAGACACAGUAACGUUAAAGCAAGAGAAAAUACACCGUCAAAGGUGACCAAGCUAACAAGGAGACCUUACAAAACUCUGACCGGGUUAGGCCUCGGAAAAGCUGGAGUAAAGCGUUUGGGCCGGCUGUUGAAACGGGCCAUCCAGGACCAAGUGGAGUCCACCGGGAGGGGGAAAGCCUCUUUGCCAAAGACUCCUUUUCGCCUUUUCAAGUAUCAGAUUCAAACUAAGAUCGACAAUGCACCCAAGACAAACAGUGCAAAGCCGACCCCAGCCGAUGUGCGCCACCUCAUCCUCAAUGUGGUUUCCCAGUGCAGACACCGAGGUGGUAUCUCCAUGGCGGAGCUUAAGCAGGCGCUGGCCGCUGGAGGCUAUGAUGUUACCAAGAACAACAGGCGGGUGAACGCAGUGACUCAAAGGCUGGUUAACAAUGACACACUUAUACGGACUACUAGGAGUGUCACAUUCAGACUCAACAAUAAGAAAAAUCAGAAACAGCCUGAAACAAAGCAAGUGAGGACAAGCACUGUGAAAUCUCCAAAACCAAAAGGAGAUCCUGAGCAGAGAAAAAACACCAGCAGAUCUCCCAAAGGAGCAGAAAAGUCACAGAGACCAGCCAGAAAGAGUACCCAACCAAAAGGCAAGAUCAGCCGAACAACCAAAUUACACAAACGAACAGGAGAGACUCUCAAACCAGCAGCCACAUCGCACAAACCACAAGGCAAGACCCGUAAACCAGCAGCCAAAUCACACAAACAAAUAGGAGAGACCCUCAAACCAGCAGUCACAUCGCACAAACCAGACGGCAAAACUCAUAAACCAGCAGCCAAAUCCCACAAACCAAGAAAGAAGACACCCAAAGCAAAAGGAAAAUCGCCGAAGCCAGCAGGGAAUAAACGCAGAUCUGCAACGAGCCAAGCAGCACAGGUUCGCAAGGCACCAAGGAAGGCUCACAGGGCCCGGAGACGUUGACCAAAGCAAACCCGACAUCCAUAUAAAUUUUCCCAGAAAAGACAGCCACCCAGACGGAGCCAGCGUCGGGUUGCCAGGAGAAGAGCUUACUACUAUUAGCAUUUAGAGUAGUACAUGGUGAGCUUAAUAAACUCAAACCUUUGCAGCAACUGGAUAUUGUAUAUUCUCUUUUGAUGCAUCAGCUGAGUUGAAAAUGGGUUUUCUGAUGACUUAUUUUCAUUUUACACUUUGGAUCCAUGUUCCCAGGGAAAUAAUGUACCUUGCAAAAAAGUAGGCUCAUCUCAUAGUAUUUAGUCUCCACUGUGUAUUUCACUCUUCUAAGUCUAUAUGAAAGAAAACCACUCUUCAUUUUUUGAG